AUAUAUAGUUCUUUGUUCUUCUCAACAGGUCCUUGCUCCUUUGCCCUUGAGUUUAGCCCAUAACAUUGAUCAGAGUGUUGCAAACAUGGCUGAUUCCGCAGACCAAGAAACCUUUGCUCCUUUCUUAUCAACCUCAACAUUGACAUAUAAGUAUGAUGUCUUUGUUAGUUUUCGAGGGGAAGAUACCCGCACUAAUUUUACCGACCAUCUCAUUACUACUUUAGAGGGCAAAAAGAUUCGUGUGUAUAAAGAUGACAAAAACCUUCCCAGAGGGGAAUUUAUUUGGACUGAGCUGAUGAAGGCAAUCGAAACGUCAAGGAUUGCAGUUGUUGUGUUCUCAAAAAACUAUGCUACUUCGAAUUGGUGCCUAGAUGAGCUGGUGAAGAUCAUGGACUGCAAAAGGGUGUUGAAUCAACGGGUGCUACCUAUUUUCUAUAAUGUGUCUCCGUCCGAGGUGCGAGAUCAAAAAGGGAAUUUUGCGGAAGCACUCCCUAAUGGCCCCGAAGUCAUGGUGAAUAGUUGGAAGGCUGCUUUGAAGGAUAUUGCAGACUUAUCGGGCUUGCAUUUGAAACCGUUUCGUCCAGAGUCAGACUUUAUAAAGGAAACUGUUGAAAUAAUUUUAAAAAAUCUACAUAGGGAAUCAACUACGGAUCCAUGGCAGAUUGAUGUUCCUGAAGGCUCUGCAGCAAUUGUGGUGCGCAAUAUCCCUUCGUCAAAGAAUUCUGAGUGGGCUCGCUUUUUUAGUGAAAACGUCAAGCGUUUCUUUAUUUGGUACCUGGUUUUACACGUUGUGCCUCUUAUUAUAUUUGUUGCUUUUGCCUAUGGAAUGUAUAAACUAGUGACUCAGUUUCCGAGUUUAUAAGGAAAUGAAAUGGAA